UCUUGUUUGAAGUUGAGCAUUUCAAGUGGCAAAAUACAUAAAGUAUGUCUUACAAUAUUUCUUUCAAUUAAAUGCAUGUUUGUUGUAUGUCACCACCAAUCAGCUUCUUAGAUCAAUCCGGACGAUUCUGUGCAAAAACCCCCGUUUUGACACGCUAUUUCUUCCACUCACUUCAAGUGCUCGUUUUUGCUUUGACUCAGUCCAACACGUCCAGCCCAUCAUUGACUAAAGUAAAAAUAUAAAAUAAAAUAUCUUAAUGUUUGAAAGCCGCAUAAUCUCUUUAAAAAUAUAAAAUAAUCUAAAACUUACAUGAAAAUAGAAAUAUUUUUUUAAAAGAGAUGAUAUUACAGUGAACCAUAAAUGGUGCAUCCAUAAACAGCAACAACGCUUGUUAUGUUGUCAUUGUUAUGAAUCCUCACACCAAAUCCAUGGGACGUGCAUAAACUUGUUGUGAUCCACAUUACAAAAUAAACAUACUGCUGCAACUUUUUUGCCUUUAAAUCCAUUCUGAGCCAUUAGAUUUCAACGUUCAGAUCAAGUAGAAAAUACAUACGUACAAAAGAAAGAGCCCAAAACAACAAUGGCGAUCUCUCCAAACAGUAAAAACACACACGCGCACACUUUCUAGCGUUUCCAUAAGCUUACUGUUCUCUUAUAGUUGAGAGUGACAGGGUGUAUGUUCAUGGAACACAACCACUCAAAAGUGCAGGCGCUAGCGCAAAAGCUACUGUUUCAGCUGUUGGAAGUUCAACCAUGACUUCCCAAGGCCGGAGAGAAGAGCACAGUCCAGUGAAAUCUCCACAUUUCUUCAAGAUAAUUCUCCCUGACUCUCUGCGAGAUGGGAAGCUGAGGAUUCCAACAAGGUUUAUAAGGAGAUAUGGAGAAAGCCUGUCAAACCUAGCAUUGAUUAAGCUUCCAAAUGGCGCAGAAUGGAAACUAGAGUUGGCGAAAUGUGAUGGUGAGGUUUGGUUAAAGAAGGGCUGGCGCGAAUUCAUGGAGUAUAGUUCUCUAAAGCUGGGGCACUUUCUGGUUUUCAGAUAUGAAGGAAAGUCUCACUUUUAUGUUCUUGUGUUUGAUGAGAGUGCAACAGAAAUAGAUUAUCCAUUUAAUAACUCCCCUGGUGAGGACCUGAAAAUUCAUGAAAAGCUUCCAGUUUCUAGGAUGGAAGAAAUGGAGAGUGACAGUUCUGUUGAAAUAUUGGAUGACUGUCCAGCAUACCCAAAAGCAAGGGAGAAAUCACCAUUGUCAUGUCCUCGUCCUCACAAGAUGAUGAGGACAAAUUCAAGUGCUCAGAUUGGGAGUACUGCCAAUCUUUCAAGGUUGGUUCCUCACUCUACAAAAAAUAAAUCUAAAGAGGCAAACCUCAAGAAAUCAAAAGGGCAAGCGAAAUUUCAUUCCACCAUGCAGGAAUUUGAAGGUGUUGAAGGUACCACCAAGAAAUCCCCAAAAUCUGAGGUUCUUAGAAGGAUUCCAAAAAUGACUGCUGAUGAAAAAGCCAAAGAUCUUCAGAAAGCAAGAGGCGUUAAACCUGAAAAUCCUCAUUUCAAUGUUGUCAUGCAAGCCUCAUAUGUUCGUUUUGGGUGCGUGAGUAUACCAUCAGGCUUUGCAAAGAGACAUUUAAAUAAGAAAUUGGAUGAUAUCAUCCUUUGGUUUCAGAUGGGAGAAGAUGGUCUGUUAGGUACAAGUUCAACAGGCGUGCUGCAUGCCAAUUUGGAGGUGGUUGGAAGGAAUUUGUACAAGACAAUAAUCUGGACGUAGGUGACGUUUGUUCAUUUGAACUUAUUAAGGGCAUUAAAAUUUCUUUCCAAGUGGUGAUUUUCCGUGCCACUGAAGAACAUUGCCCAAAAUUGCCAAAAAUGGAGAGUGAUAGUUCUAUCGAAAUCUUGGAUGUCUUUCCAGCAUACCCAAAAGCAAGGGAGAAAUCACCAUUGUCAUGUCCUCAUCCUCACAAGACGAUGAGGACAAAUUCAAGUGCUCAGAUUGGGAGUACUGCCAAUCUUUCAAGGUUGGUUCCUCACUCUACUAAAAAUAAAUCGAAAGAGGCAAACCUCAAGAAAUCAAAAGGGCAAGCGAAAUUUCAUUCCACCAUGCAGGAAUUUGAAGGUGUUGAAGGUACCACCAAGAAAUCCCCAAAAUCUGAGGUUCUUAGAAGGAUUCCAAAAAUGACUGCUGAUGAAAAAGCCAAAGAUCUUCAGAAAGCAAGAGGCGUUAAACCUGAAAAUCCUCAUUUCGAUGUUGUCAUGCAUGCCUCAUAUGUUCGUUUUGGAUGCGUGAGUAUACCAUCAGGCUUUGCAAAGAGACAUUUAAAUAAGAAAUUGGAUGAUAUCAUCCUUUGGCUUUCAGAUGGGAGAAGAUGGUCUGUUAGGUACAAGUUCAACAGGCGUGCUGCAUGCCAAUUUGGAGCUGGUUGGAAGGAAUUUUUACAAGACAAUAAUCUGGAUGUAGGUGACGUUUGUUCAUUUGAACUUAUUAAGGGCAUUAAAAUUUCUUUCCAAGUGGUGAUUUUCUGUGCCACUGAAGAACAUUGCCCAAAAUUGCCAAAAUCUGAGAGUGAUAGUUCUGUCAAAAUCUUGGAUGACUUUCCAGCAUACCCAAAAAUGAGGGAGAAAUCACCGCUAUCAUGUCCUCGGCCCCACAAGAUGACGAGGAUGAAUCCAAGUGCUAAGACUGGGAAUACUCUGUCAAGGUUGGUCCCUCAUUGUACACAAAAUCAAUGCAAAGAGGCAAAGCUUGACAAGUUUUAAGGACAAUCAAAUUUGCAUUCUACCAAGCAAGAUUGUGAAGGUGUAGAAGUCGUUUCUGCCACCAGUCGAUGCCCAGAAUCUAAGGUUCCUAGAAGGACUCAAACGGUCAAUGAAAAAUCUAGUGCUCUUCAGAAAGCAAGUGGCUCUAAAUCUGAAAAUCCUUAUUUCUUGGUUG